GCUCGCGGCUGCAGUCGUCCUCCUGCUGCGGAGCUGUCUGCAUCCAUGCAGCAUCUCUGCCCUGCGCAGAGCCUGCUCGUCCCCCGUGACUCCCACGGCGGACCCGGACUUGCAUUGUUCAGGCGUUGAAUUGAGUGAUUUCACUGUUUCAGCACCACGGACAGAGACCCGUGCGGACCUCAUACCGGAGCUCCAAGAGGCUUUUUCUUUUCCAGUUUAUGUUUCCCCCACGAGUAUGGAAUCAUUUGACAGUCCGAUGUAUCUUUGAUGCCCUCUCUCAUCGAACGCAUGCGCGCCGAGGUGGGACACCUGUAGUAAAUUGGAAACUCCAGCCUGCGGCAUGGCUCGUCUCAGUCGGCCCGCAGCUCUGCUGCUCUCCGCGCUCAUCUGCUUCUCCUGCGCCGCCGCAGACAAGAAGAAGAAGAAGCUCUACAUCGGAGCCCUGUUCCCCAUGAGCGGGGGGUGGCCGGGGGGGCAAGCGUGCCUCCCCGCCACUCAGAUGGCCCUGCAGCUGGUCAACAAGAGGACCGACAUCCUGCCUGACUACGAGCUGGAGCUCAUCCACUACGACAGCAUGUGUGAUCCAGGCGAGGCCACCAAGUUACUCUACGACCUUCUGUACACGGAGCCCAUCAAGGUUGUGCUGAUGCCAGGCUGCAGCUCUGUGUCCACGCUGGUGGCUGAAGCUGCUCGCAUGUGGAACCUCAUCGUGUUGUCCUAUGGCUCCAGCUCUCCUGCUUUGUCCAACCGCCAGCGGUUCCCCACCUUCUUCCGCACGCACCCGUCUGCAACGCUGCACAACCCCACUCGGGUGCAGCUCUUUCAGAAGUGGAAGUGGACCAAGAUCGCCACUAUUCAGCAAACUACAGAAGUCUUCACCUCGACUCUUGACGACCUGGAGGAGAGAACGAAGGAGGCUGGCAUCGACAUCAGCGUCCGCCAGAGUUUCCUCACAGAUCCUGCGGUGGCUGUUAAAAACCUCAAAAGACAGGACGCCAGGAUCAUCGUUGGCCUGUUCUACGAGACUGAGGCCAGAAAGGUCUUCUGUGAGGUGUACAAAGAGAAGCUGUACGGGAAAAAAUAUGUGUGGUUUCUGAUUGGCUGGUAUGCGGAUAACUGGUUUAAAAUCAAGGAUCCGUCCAUCAACUGCACAUUGGAGCAGAUGUCAGAGGCUGUGGAGGGUCAUGUGACCACCGAGAUUGUGAUGCUCAACCCGGAAACAGUUCGCGGAGCUUCCAAGCUGACUUCCCAGGAAUUUCUAACCCAACUAAUGUCCAAGCUGGGGGGUAAAAAUCCAGAGGAGACAGGAGGUUUCCAGGAAGCACCACUGGCCUACGAUGCCGUGUGGGCUUUGGCCCUGGCCCUCAAUAAGACCGUGGGGCCUUUAAAGGCAAGGGGUUACCGUUUGGAAGACUUCAACUACAACAACAGAGACAUCACCAGUGAGAUCUACCGUGCCAUGAACACCAGCUCCUUUGAAGGAGUGUCAGGCCACGUUGUGUUCGAUGCUCAAGGAUCUCGGAUGGCGUGGACUCUGAUAGAACAGCUUCAAGGGGGGAGCUACAAGAAGAUUGGAUACUACGACAGCACGAAAGGCAAUCUUUCCUGGUAUGGAAAUGACAAGUGGAUAGGCCAAGGACCCCCUGCUGAUCAGACUGUGGUCAUUGAAGAGUUUCGAUACCUGUCUCAGAGGCUGUUUGUGUCCAUGUCUGUUUUUGCUGUGGUGGGCAUCCUGUUGGGCAUCGUCUGCCUCACCUUCAACAUCUACAACAGCAGAGUCAGAUACAUCCAGAACUCUCAGCCCUACCUGAACAACAUGACUGCUGUGGGCUGCAUGAUGGCUCUAGCGGCGGUUUUUCCUCUGGGCAUCGACGGCCUUCACGUGCACAGGAGACACUUUCCUGUCGUCUGCCAGUUCCGCUUGUGGCUGAUCGGCCUGGGUUUCAGCCUCGCAUACGGCAGCAUGUUCACCAAGAUCUGGUGGGUCCACACGGUUUUCACCAAGAAGGAUGAAAAGAAGGAAAAGAGAAAGCACUUGGACUCUUGGAAACUCUACGCCACCGUGGGAGUGCUGCUCAGUGUGGAUGUCUUGUUACUGAUGAUCUGGCAAAUAGUGGAUCCUUUGCACGUCACUGUAGAGAAGUUCACAAGAGAAGCCCCAAAAGAAGACCUGGAUGUUCUGAUCCAGCCUCUCCUGGAGCAUUGCAGCUCAGAGAAGAUGACCACGUGGCUGGGGGUGGUGUACGGCUAUAAAGGACUCCUGCUUCUGCUUGGAAUCUUCCUAGCCUACGAAACCAAAUCCAUCUCCACAGAGAAGAUCAACGACCACCGAGCUGUCGGCAUGGCCAUAUACAAUGUAGCUGUGCUCUGCCUGAUCACGGCGCCGGUCACCAUGAUCCUGUCCUCCCAGCAGGACGCCUCAUUCGCGUUUGCUUCUUUGGCCAUCAUCUUCUCGGUCUACAUCACCCUGGUGGUUCUGUUCAUCCCAAAGAUGAGGCGCCUUAUUACACGGGGUGAGUGGCAGUCUGAUGCUCAGGAGACGGUGAAGAGCGGCUCCUCCACCAACAACCAUGAUGAGGAGAAGUCCCGACAGCUGGAAAGAGAGAACCAGGAGCUGGAGAAGAUCAUCCAGGAGAAAGAAGAACGAGUGUCAGAACUGAGGAACCAACUAUCUGAACGCCAUGCCCUGCGCACCAGGAAACCACCAUCCACCAUCACCCAAAACCAGAACCAUAGCUUUCCCCUGCUCUCUGUCACUCUCAGUGACCCAAAGUCCCUGGCCCCACCCCCGGGGUAUUCUGCGCCCAUCUGUGACACCCACCCCGCCCCACAAUCCUUCUCAAACUCUUCCAGUCUGUACCAAGCUGACAACAAGAUCAAUGUGAACAACUGUCACACCAGUCGGCUGCAGAUGCUCUACAAGUGACAUCCCCUCCUCCAGCACUGAACCACGGCACCUUCAGGUUACAGGCAGCCCAGUUCAAACCCAAAUCUUCCAACCAGAACCUCCACAUGCUGACAAGAACAAACGUACCUGUGCAGAUUUUCCAUCAGUCAAGAUCAAGAGAGCAACGCUUGCUGUUUCUCAGUAGUUCAUGUUCCUGCCAGUGUGUGUUGCAGAUUUAGAAAAUGUGAACCUGUGAGUUUUGACAAUGUGGUCCGUGCCGUUUUACAGAAGUCACGCGUGAAAACUUCCGCCAGCUUAGUUAAAUGUGUGUCCGAGUACUAAAUGAGAGCUGUGCUGUAUCUCAAACGGAGCUACUGGUGCCACUACAGACUCAAACCUCCAGAGGUUCACGGUGGAGGAUGCUUGCAGUUUAGAGCUGUUGAAUUGAGUUUAAGGCUCUGGAUCCUCAAAGCAGCUGUUUUACAGUGACUGGCUUACAGUUAAAGUCUGAAAAGGUCAAGUAAGUUAAAAAGGAUGUAGUUGCUGGGGCACAGUUCUGUAAAAUUAUUCGUCCCCCCCACACACACACACCUGCAAUCAAAAACAUUUUUUAAAAAUUGCCCAGAAGAUCAGAAAAGAGUUCUGAAAAUGUUGCAGAUGAAGACCCCCAUCAAAGAUUAGAAAAAAGAAAAGUUGGUUUCCACCUUUUGUGGUUGGAUUUUCCUUUUAGCGUUUAAAACAUCAACAACAUCUCACUUUCUCCCAGAGAUGGAAAUAAUCAAAUGAAACAGAAACCCCGAC